GGCGCGGGCGGCUCCGCGCGCGGUGGGCUCGGGGGCAAGGAAAGAUGGCAGCACGGCGGAUUGCCCAGGAGACUCUUGACGCUGUGCUACAGGAAAAAGUGAAACGAUACCACGUGGACCCCAGUGCUGAGGCUGUCAGCAAAACGCUUCAGUUGGAAGCCCCAGAUCUGUUAAGGGCAGCCCCAAGAACCAGAGCGGACAUGUAUGAGGGUGCUCCGAGUGAGGGCAGGUCUCUCAGCAGCUCUGCGCCUCACUCUCGAGACACUGGGCGAGAAGGUCUCAGAGGCGAAGUGUUUCCAGGACCUUCCUUCCGGUUAAGCAACCCUGCCGUCAGCGAUGACAGCUACUUUCGAAAAGAAUGUGGCCGGGGCCUGGAGUUUGCCCACCCUGACUCUCGGGACCCUGGCUUUGGCCCCAGGAAAUUGGGACAUUUCCAGGCUCCGGACUGGAAGCUGGCGGUGCAUGGCUCGUGGGAGCAGGGCCUUGGCCCCCAGAUCUCUUCAGAGCCCUCGUGGGCACGGGAGUGCGGGUUGGGUCCUCCUGCUGUGCCAGGGGACGCCACCUCCUCCAGGCGUGGGGAGAAAGAGUGUGUGGAGGAGGAGAGUCGGGAUUACGACUCGGACCUCCCAGGGGAAGCUGACACUGUGCCCAGGGGCCACGGGCAAGUCCAAGCUAGAGGCCAGGAAGGUGCCCUCCUGGGAAAGGGGGACACUGAGGGCCUGCUCACGGCCAAGGGGGGUACUGGGAAACUCAACACGCUGAAGAGUGUGGCCACAAAAAAAGUACCUGCUGUAAACCGCAUCCCUUCCAAACCUCAGGGCACCCGCCAAAGCCAGAAAGCCACCCUGCGCCCCGAGGUGACCCUGGGGACACACCCGGGGAUGGAGGACAUCCAGCUCCCCAUUCCCAAGGGCCCUCUGGGGCUGGACCUGAAGGCCAUCCGCUUUCCCCGCAGGAGGACGAGCUUUGACCUCAUAGAUAAGGCCGAUGUCUUCUCGCGCUUCGGUGUGGAGAUAAUCAAGUGGGCGGGGUUCCAUACAGUCAGAGAGGACGCCAGGUUCUCGCAGCUCUUCCAGACCCUCUUUGAACUCGAGACCGAGACCUGUGCGAAGACCCUCGCCUCCUUCAAGUGCUCCUUGAAACCAGAGCACAGAGAUUUUUGCUUUUUUACUAUCAAAUUUUUAAAGCACUCCGCUUUGAAAACACCCCGAGUGGAUAAUGAGUUUUUAAACAUGCUUUUAGACAAAGGUGCUGUGAAGACCAAAAAUUGCUUUUUUGAGAUCAUAAAGCCCUUCGACAAGUACAUCAUGAGGCUCCAGGACCGCCUUCUGAAGAGCGCCACGCCCCUGCUCAUGGCCUGCAAUGCCUACGAGCUGAGCGUCAAGAUGAAGACCCUUACCAGCCCCCUGGACCUGGCGCUGGCCCUAGAGACCACCAACUCCCUCUGCCGGAAGUCACUGGCCCUGCUGGGACAAACCUUCUCCCUGGCCUCCUCCUUCCGGCAGGAGAAAAUCUUAGAAGCCGUGGGCCUCCAAGACAUUGCCCCCUCCCCUGCCUCCUUUCCCAACUUUGAGGACUCCACUCUGUUUGGGCGGGAGUACAUGGAGCACUUGAAGGCCUGGCUGCUGGCCAGCGGGUGCCCCCUGCGGCUCAGGAAGGCCCAGCCAGCGCCGGAAGAGGGGGAAGAGGAGGAGAGGGCCAGUCCUGCAAAGUCUGACCUGCACCCCGAGGCGCCCAGGCCACUGGAUGCCGCGGUGCCCCCACGCGCGGAUCACACGGUGGUGUCCACCAUUGAGCAGCUGGUCACGCGUGUCCUGGACGGCAGCCUGUCCCCCAAGGAGAGAGCCGCUCUCAAGCAGGACCCGGCAUACUGGUUUCUGGCUGACGAGGGCAGCCUGGAGUACAAAUACUACGAGCUGAAGUUGGCAGAGGCCAGGCCGAGGAUCCGGGGGGGGCCUAGCUCCCAGCAGCCGCCCACCCCAGCCGAGUGCGCCGUGCGGGCCAUGCUGUAUGCGCGCGUUGUUCACAGCCUCAAGAAGAAGCUGCUCCCGGUCCGCCGGCGGCGGCCCCUGCGGGCCCAGGGCCACCGGGGCUGGUGGGCUGGGCGAGCCACCGCCGGCACGCAGAUGCGCCGGUCCCCCGGUGCCCGGCCAAAACCUCUCAGCCGGCGGGCUGUAGGCUCCUCACAGACCAAGUCACCCCUGCCAGGAGGAAGAGAUGCCACCAAGGACGACCUGCCAGGUCCAACCGGGUCUCCGCCUGCAGCAUGCAGCCCUGAAGACGCAGGCCCAGCAGGCACGGACAUCCUGGGCACCCCUCGGACCUCUCCCUGCCCAGCUGCCAAGGUGGACACAAAGACCAUGGAGACCGCAGAGAAGCUGGCCAAGUUUGUGGCUCAGGUGGGACCCGAGAUCGAGCAGUUCAGCAUAGAAAACAGCACCGACAACCCCGACCUCUGGUUUCUCCAUGACCAAAGCAGCCCCGCCUUCAGAUUUUACCGGAAGAAAGUGUUUGAGCUGUGCCCGUCCAUUUCCUUCCCCCCACCCCGCCUCCCGCCUCCCGCCAGCACGGGCCCCGCAGACCCCACUGCGGCCCGGGGUGGGUUGGAGGACGAAGACCCUGAGGAGGAAGAGGAGGAAGGGGGAGAGGAGGCUCCAACCCAUGGCGCCUCCGGGCACGGAGCAGGAGCCGGCAAGCCCGAGGGCUCGGAGGGCAGCCUUGCGGCUGACGGCCUCCCUGCAGAGGCGGCUGAGGAGGAGCCGGCCGGGCCGGGCCUGGCACAGGCUGCACCUGGCACCUGCCUGCCCCGCAAGAGGAUGAGCAGCAAGUCUCUGAAGGUCGGAAUGAUUCCUGCGCCCAAGAGGGCCUGCCUUGUGCCGGAACCGGAAGUCCACGAGCCGGUCCGGAUUGCCUAUGACAGGCCUCGGGGUCGGCCCAUAGCCAAGAAGAAGAAACCCACAGACUUGGACUUCCCGCAGCAGAAGCUCACCGGCCAGAACCUGGGCUUCCAGAUGCUGCAGAAGAUGGGCUGGAAAGAGGGCCAUGGCCUGGGCUCCUGCGGGACAGGCAUCCGCGAGCCCGUCAGCGUGGGGACGCGCUCAGAAGGGGAGGGCCUGGGCGCCGACGGGCCUGAGCGGACGGAGGACACGUUUGAUGUCUUUCGGCAGAGGAUGAUGCAGAUGUACCGGCACAAACGGGCUAACAAGUAGGCAGGGGACACAAAGGAUUGUGGUUUGAGGUCAGCACGGACAAAAAGUGAACAAGAUCUGUGUCAACGCACUGUGAGGUACGCCUGGCAUCCCAGCUCUGCCUGUGGGAGGCAUAACCAGGACCUAAAAAUGAAGCAAAAGGGGCUGGAGCAUCACUCAAGCGGUGGAGUGUCUGUGUACCAAGUGUGAGGUUUGCAGUUCAAACCCCAGGACCAGGGGGAAAAGUCACAAAAGAAGAUUGUGUGUCAUCCUAGCUGCUCAGGAGGCUGAGAUCUGAGGAUCAUGGUUCAAAGCCAGCCCAGGCAGGA